GGACGGAAGCCGCUUUGGGUCAGACUGUGGCGACGCGGGAAGUCCGGACGCCGUGGCUGACUGAGGAAGAGGCUUGAGACGGAGGCGCGGGCCUCGGCUCCGUCGGCAAUGGCGGAGAGGCCCGAGGACCUAAACCUGCCCAAUGCCGUCAUCACCAGGAUCAUCAAGGAAGCGCUCCCGGACGGUGUCAACAUCUCCAAGGAGGCCCGCAGCGCCAUCUCCCGCGCCGCCAGCGUCUUCGUGCUGUACGCCACUUCGUGUGCCAACAACUUCGCGAUGAAAGGGAAACGCAAGACCCUGAAUGCCAGUGACGUGCUCUCGGCCAUGGAAGAGAUGGAGUUCCAGAGGUUCGUUACCCCGUUGAAAGAAGCUCUGGAAGCAUAUAGGAGAGAGCAGAAAGGCAAAAAGGAAGCUUCAGAGCAAAAGAAGAAGGACAAAGACAAGAAAACAGAUGCAGAGGAGCAAGACAAGAGCAGGGAUGAGGACAACGAGGAAGACGAGGAAAGGCUGGAAGAAGAGGAACAGAAUGAAGAGGAGGAAGUGGACAACUAAUGGGACGGGAAGACUGUGGCACCUUGGAAGGUACCACCCUGAAGUGUGGUACGUCUGUGAGAAGCUUUUCCCCGCUGGGAAGAGUAAUCUCAGCCAGAAGAGCCUGAGAAGAUCAAAAUAAAAACUGACUAAAAUUAUCAAAAUCAGCGCUUCCAUCAGAGUAGCGGAAUCCCAUUUUGCCGAAUCCAUCUGAAGGUAAUGACUUUUGGCAAGAGGGAUUCUGAGUGGCUAAUUUGAUUAGUCAAUUUGAUCUCUUUUGUUUACUUAUAUGGUUAGGCGGUUUUUGAUCCCCAGUUCCCUUCCUAACAUCCCCCCAAAAAGGAGUAACGACUUCCAUGCCGCCUUCUGUGUCCCAGAUCACGGAGGUAGUCAAAGCUCAGAAAAAGUUGGGGCUUUGAGCAUGCUCAGCCUGUUUUGAUUGUACAAGAUUUGGCAAUACUGGCUUAUUAAAGUGGUCAGAAUGUGUUUAGCUUUAGGAAACUACUAAAAGGUUACGGGGGAAGAAUGAAAUCUGUUGUCUCUUCACUUGACAGGAACAUUAAUAGAAUUUUUAUUUCUCCAGACCCACU